UCUUCUUGCCUCGCCAAGGACCCCACCAAUGUCCUCAAAACCUAGCCGUAAGAAGUACGCACCCAAAUCCUCGGUGGACAGCGAAAUUGUGUCCAGAUUGGACACGUUGCUCUCUGAGGAGGGGCUCCAGAACGUGUCCCCAUUGAUUGAGUUCAUCCAGAAGGGAUACCUCUCGCAGGUGAUCCAGGCGUGGAGCUACUUCCUGACGGUGAACGAGCACUCCAGUUUCACCGAUGCAACAAUCAAGUUGACCAAGCUUACCAACAUCUGCAACCAGCACUUGGAGUUGACGCCGUUUGGGAUCGACCUCAUCAAGGAGCUUUUGACGAACCACAGUAAGGUGCUCUUCCGCGCGUUGAACAGCAUGAGGCCAUCUAUGACAAAUCCCGUGUUACGUCUAAUGACAAGCAUUGUCAGCUUUAAGAACGGAUCUUUGGUGGACGAGUUUGUGGCGAAUUUUGACUUCACCUUGGGGUCACUUCCGAAGAUUCUCACGCCGACCAAGACCGAGCUCGCUGAGGGGGUUAAAAACGAAAACUUAUCGAUGAGAUACAACUUUGUUCGUUUUUAUCUCAGUCUUCUCCAGAACGCCUCGGCCUAUGCCAGAAAAGACCUCAUGAUCAACAAUAAAAAGAUUGCCUCUGCCUGGCUCAAGCACCUCGCGACCAGCGACUCCGCGCCGCUUCUCAUGACGACGCUCGAGAUCUGGGAUGAAAAGAUAUUAGAGGAGCCCAGCUACAAGAAAUCCACCAAGUGUAAGAUCUUCAACGAAUGGUUCUUCCUGAAGACCGUCGCCUUGUACAACAGCGUGACAGAAAACGAUAACUUGAAAGAGAGAUUGCAUGGCUUUAUGUUGAAGCUAUCCACUGACCCCAAGGCCGGGAUCGUUUUCCACGACGAUAAGGCGUGGUUUGCCUCCACCGGGGCGCCUCUCACAGUCAACUCCAAACCCUUCAAGAUCCACAACAAGUUGCUCUACACGAUGCUCACGUGCCUCAAGCCAUGGGAGCACGAGUUGCAGCUCCAGUUGGUCACAAGGGUCUUGGAAGCAGUACCAGAGCUUGUUGCUCCGUAUGUCAACUAUCUUUUUGCAAUCAACGGAUCCCACGACCCCAAGCUUUCUUCGUUCUGGAUCGGCCAGACCUUGACCUUGACGAAUAUCAUCAAGUUGCCAGUUCCGGACAACGUCGCAUUUGUGGCCUCCAGCACCGCUCCAGCCACCACUAUCGUUAUCGACAACAUCUUGCCGCCCUCCCUUUCCAAAACCGCGCUCUUGAAGUGUCUCCAGACGGAAACACUCUUGGUCAGACAGCUUUCGUGCCAGCUACUCGUGUUGGCACUCCAGAAGUUGCGUGCUGUUGUGGCGGUAUAUUCCGAACAAGGCUGGACUGAUGCCAGACACGAGUUGUUGGAUACGUUCCACGGGAUUAUUCCGGACGCGGGGACCGUUUCGGCUGCGCUCUACGAGGCGAUGACCAAGACCGACGCGAAGCUCUUAGUGUUGACGCUCGCCAUGGUGAAUAGCCUCUAUUCGGAGCUCUUCCCCGGGAGUUUUUCCGUCUCUGCUGCCAACUCCAAGCUUUUCACAGACAUCAUCAACCGCACUGACUUCCAGGGCAUCGACUUGGUCCUUCUCGACAAUAUCUUGAGCUUGCAGCAGAACGAUAAUAAGUGGUGGAACGGAACCAAUGGUAACUCCUUGUUUACCAUUCUUCUCAAGCUCGGCUCUAAUGAGAAGCACCGCGCCAUGGCGCUGAAGGUGAGCCGCUUACUCGCGAGCUUAACCGAUGAUACAGUUGUUUUCAGCAAACAUACGCUCGUGAGUCAGAUGGAGCCACUUUUACACUCGUUGCGUGUCGCGGAGGCAGACGCUAAGGUCUGGAGGCUCAUUGACGAGACCAUUUCGCGGUCUGUGAAGGCACCAUACAAGUACUUGGACCGCUCUAAGGAGCUCCAGAUGUUGAGUCCGUUUGUGAUCUGUUUGUUUGAGCAGUUCAAGUUUGUCGACAGAAAGACGGAUUGCAAGGCGGUUUGCCAGUGGAUCCGCGCCUUUGCCAAGUACUUGAUUGUUACCGGGGAGCCGGAAGAGGCGAUCCGCGGGUUGCUUUCGGGGUACCCUGAAUUGAGUGACGGCAUCGUUGAAACCCAGGCUGAUCUCAUUGAUGCUUCCUUCUUUGAAUGGGCCGUUUCCUCCCCGGAGUCGCAACUCACCGCUGCACGCCUUCCGGUUUCCGAGUUUGAUGCGGUCGGGGCCUUGUUCCGCGUCCGUGAGCUCGUUCAGGGCCCGGCGCUUUCCAAGUUCCAGAAGUCUGUGAUUGUGGACCUUUUGCUGAAAGUUGGUAACUUUACCUACACCAAUGCCACUUUUGGCGCCCGAUUCGUCAAGCCGCUCUUUUGGGCACCGCUUUUUGUUUCUGACGUCGAGCCGUCGGCCAACUUGCUCUUCGUGGCGGGGCUUGUUACUGAGACGCUCGAACAGUUGAAGGACACUCUUGAUGACGGUUUGUUUACGGAAUUCGCCGAACACACCGUGAAGUUGCUUAACAGUGACCUGGAAGCGGUCCAGAACGUGGUGGUGAAGUCUUUGUGGUCGUUGAACAGUACCCAGUUGCAAACUGCCCGCACGACGCCCGCCGCGCCUGCCGUCUUCUCUGCACUUCUCUCCGAGACACUCCGCCGCCGUAUCCUCCUCUCGCACGAGGAGUUCCAGACACUUGUUUCGGCGCCAGCGCUCGAUUCUGCCAGCGGCCUUGUGCUCAAGCGGUUUGUUUCCCUUUCACUCGUUUCUUUCAGUGCCGAAAAGAUGACUCCCUUGCUCCGGGCGAUCUUGGACCUUGGGGAUAACACCGUCAGGUAUCCAAUUUUGCGCGCGUUGGUGACGUCCAAACAGAGUGUUUGCGACGAAUUGGUACAGGGCUUUGCUGCUUCGAUGGACGACAGCUUGGUCGUCUUUAUUGCGGCGUCGAUGAACCGCAGCGUGGAGGCCACAGCGGAGGUGCGGGCAUUCCUUGUCAGAGCUGCGGGUUGUGCCGCGGCUCUCAUGGACGGGGUCGCGGGCGCACUCACGCACCAGCAGCUCCUCAACUUGGUGAUAAACACCCACGAGUUCCUCGCUGAGGACGUCAAAACGCCAUUCCUCGUCUCCGUUUUAACCUCUGCGAAAUACACCCCAGAGAUCCCUGAACUUGUGUCCUUAUCGCUUUCCUCUAUUGACCAGGAGCUCCUCAAGAUGUGGUUGCACACGUCGAUGCUCUAUGUCACAAAGAAGCUUGCGGAGAGCGAGACUUUAUCCGAAACCUUUUUGACCUAUCUUACGGCGAUGAAGGCGUUGAUCCCCAAACUCCAUCUCUGGCGAUUGGUGCCAAAGGCGAUUCUCAACGCCCAAUUGGACGUGGCUUUCAGCAAGCAGUGGAUUAGUCACACACAGCUCUUGGAGUACGCCAAUUUGGUCAUUCUCAGCGGGUCAAAGAACAUUGUAGAGUUUGAAAAGCUCUUGCAAAUCUUUGCCAACAACGAGGCCAACCCGUUGCGCUCGUUACCCAAGGAAGAUAAUGGCCAGGUCCGUUUCUUCGCGGCUGCGGUAAUCUAUAACCUCUUCCACUUUGACACCAAGAAGAAUGCCAACUUCAACCUCCAGGAGCAGGUCUUGGGGUUCUAUCUCGGGUCCACCAGAGCCGACGACUUGCUUUUAAAGCGAGUUUUGGUUCAGAUCGAAGCCACCACCGCCCGGAACUGGAUCAACCAGUACAUGGUUAACUGGGAGUUUACCGAGGAGACUUCGUCUGAAUACGACAUGGAAAUUAUCGGGGAAGCCCCGCUUUUCGCCAAGAACAAACAGAACGAGGUCCUCAUCACGCUCAAUAAGAAGUUUAUCAGCAACUCUAUCAAGAACUUUGUCAUCGCAGACCUCGAGAUGCCGGAAACCGUCGCCAACAACGCCAGUGCCACCUGGACCAACUUCGUAGCCUUCUAUACGGCUCUCGGGUUUGUCAAUGUCGACAAUCGCUACCGGGCAACGGUCUACGAUGCCGAGAUGUUGCUCAUGUUGGUGGUGAACAACUCGGAGAUGUUUCGCGAGACAAAGUCCGAGGAGGAGGAUAUGGUGUUUGAUGUCAGAAAGGUUAUUGAGGCCAGAGUUGUCGAAUUUGUGGUGCUCUGUCUUGCUUCGUCUUCUGUCACCGUCCAGAAGAUUGCCAAGGUCUAUCUCCAUGGGUUGUUGAAGGCAUUGAGCACAGAGAGCUCUAUUAACGAUGCGUUCAAGGACAAGAAUAUCUUUAGGGUAUUUUUCUCCAACGUGUUGUACACUUUACAAAAACAGCAAACAGAGGAGAGCAGGGUUAUUGCCCCAAUCACCUGGAAGUUUGUCUCGCGGUUAGUGCCGAUCUUGAGUAACCCGGGCCACUUCUUGUACGAGAAGGCGUAUCGGUUUGUGUUGGCAAACAACGUUAUCAGAGCGGGCGAUAUUCCGCUCUUUAACUCCAUCUCCAAUUCCACGUCCAUGGGUGGCAACAACGACCACGAGCAGGGAACCCACUACUAUAGAGAGAUUUGCUGGUUGUUGGAGUCAUUGAUCGAUGCGGUAAAGUGCCAGAGAGACUUGGACACGAUUAAGUUGAGGGGCGUGAUCGAGUGGGGCUUGAACAUCUUAAACUCGGCGUACUUGACUCACUACAUGAAGACCUCGAUUCUCAAGUUGUUGGAGCGUCUUCAGGAUCUUGACCAGGGGUCUGAUUUGCUUGUCAGCAGAUUUGGCUUGCUCAGCUACGUUGAACAGCAGUUGGUGAUCACCGAAGGCAAGUCUGAGGCGGCGAAUGCUACGACGCAAAAGGGAACGCGGUUAUCGAGGGAGAAGAUUUCGCUUGAACAGCAGGAGUUGAACUUGAAGCAGGUUGGAUUGAGACUCGGGGUUGGGAUUGCCGAGAACAAAAGAUUGCACGACUGGACGCAUAAUGAUGCAAAGGGGUUUGUGAAGAGGGUGUGUCGCUAGAACUGCGGGGAUCCGUUCUCAUUUAAUUCAGCAUAGAUUGUAUAAUAGAAUAA